AUGGCACUGAGCAUACUCAGCUACAACCUGCCGCAAGGCCUGAAGAUGAGCGCCAACAACAGCAACACCAGUAACAGCAGCAGCAACAACAACAACAGCAAUCUUUGCGCCAGUCCGCCCACUGGCGAUGAGAAUUCACCCGAUAAUGGCGGUGCCACUGGCCAUGGACGUACCACCAUCAGCCUUGGCAAGGCUUUCAGUCGGAUUACAAUGCAAAAUGUUUUGAGUGAGAAUAGCGGCAAUGUGUUGAAUAUCAGCAGUAACAGUAAUGUGAAUACGAUCGUGCGCAAGAUCAAGGAUUUCGGCAUGUAUGGCAGUGUGAAUAAUGCGGGCACACUUAGCGCUGCCAACGGUGGCCGCAAACGCAACGCCAAUGAGAUGAUUAAUGUGUUAAAGCCAGCCGAAAAGACUGAAGGCGAAAGUAAAGUCGCCAAGCUGAAGGUGUCCAACAAGCGACAGAAGCUUGCAAAUCGAGAUGAGAAUACACGCGAAAAACCAACCAAAACUACAGCUAAUAAAUCACCAGCGGCGAGUGUUAAUCGUCAAGCGAAGUCAAAUACGCCGGGCGCGAAAAAACCCGCUGGCACACCCGGCCGCAAGGGCCUGCCGCUGCAACAGGCGGUGGCACGUCGAAAUGCGCGCGAGCGUAAUCGCGUCAAGCAAGUGAAUAACGGUUUUGCAGCGCUACGUGAGCGCAUACCCGAGGAGGUGGCCGAAGCCUUCGAGGCGCACGGCAAUGGCCGCAGCACUGUGAAGAAACUCAGCAAGGUGGAAACGCUGCGCAUGGCCGUCGAGUACAUACGCAGCUUGGAACGUUUGUUGGGUUUCAAUUUUCCCAUCGGCAGUGAUCGUGGUCUCGCCGGCAUGCAUGGCGGUUCAUCGAGUGAUGAUAGUUUCAGUUUCGUCAAAGAUGAAUUUGAUGCACUUUCGCCGCCACUCGACGACACCAACUUCGACGACACGCUAAGCAACUACGAUGUGGAUGAGUAUUUGAAUAGCAGCGACAUUGGCAAUCAGCUGAUCUCACAACCGGCCAUCGACCGGUCUGCUGAUGCAAACACCUACGAAUUGGACUUGCUGCCUUUGCUAACGACCAUCAAUGGCAUGCAGUAUGUGCGCAUACCGGGUACCAACACUUAUCAGCUGCUCACCCCAGAUGCACUCUUCAUGGGCAAUGCACCGCAAUCGCCGCCUAACUCGAGUCUUGAUGAUGAGUCCUUUCAGGCUUUAAUCGACACUAAUUGCCUAAGUCCUGUAGCAACAACAUCAUCUGCACAUAUUUCGCCGUCAUCUACUUCAUCAAUUAAUGGUGCACCUGCCACGACGGCGGCCACAUUACAACGGCACCCUGCUGCCAUGCUGGCAAAUGGGGAAACAGUCGAUGAAUGUGUAAAUGUAGCGGUUGCCGGCGCAUUAACGCGAUCGCCUGUGCAAUCAUCCCCAACGAUGCAGGCAACAUUACAUCGCCAACAACAGCAACAACAACGUCAGCAAACGCGACAACUAUGCCAGCCACAAACACCAACGCAAGCGUCGGCCAACUUAUCACCUGCCGAUAAUGAUAGACUUUUAUCACAGACGUGUGCCACAACGAGUGAGGCCGCUGAUGAAGUUGAUGGCAAUGCAGACGGCGCAAACGAUCACCAACGAUAUGUGGCGGCAUUGGCAACCCCUACAACGUUGUCGCUGCAGACACGGCACGCGAUUAAGCCGGAGUUCAAUGAUACAUUAACGGACUUUGUCCCCUCCAAUGCAACGCCUUCAUCGCCUACGAAUUUGUCCGCGGGCGCAUUGGUAUUCCAACAACAAUUGCAGGAACGCUUAAUGCUGAGCCACGCGCCGUUGUCCGCCAUGUCUCCGCCGUUGGAACGUUGCAACUCAAGAGCCACACCUACCACGACUGUGUCGAGUACCCCAACUACACCCGGCCUGCCACCAUUUUAUGGCACUGAGCAGGGCAAUUUGUUCUAUGAAAAUACGAACAACCUUUUGAAGAAGUUGUACAAUGACGCUCUGCUCGAUGCGGCAACAACAGCGGCGUCAGCUAACGUUGCACUCGGCGGUUUGCCCGACGAAAAUAUUAUCGAGGUGAUGGACUGGUGGGAGGCGCAUACACCGAAAUCAGACGGUGGCGUGGCGUUGCUGUAG